UGCCAACCGCCGUUAAACAUAAUCGAAGAAGAAUAUUAUAGAGGUGGAGGCAUGCUUGAAGGUUAGCGACAUAUUGAACGAAAUAAAAUUACAACUACUAGUGACACGCAUACUGAGUAGCAAGUUAUGCAAUUAUCGUGUAGAACAUGGUAAUAUAAUCUACAUUUGGAUAUAACAAAGCUACUACACAAGUCGCCGUGAUUCCAGCGAGCUAUGGCCAGCCUGUCCAACUACGCCGUACGUAUGGCGCGUCUCAGUGCACGUAUCUUUGGGGAUGUGGCGCGUCCUACGGACAACAAGUCCAUGAAGGUGGUCCAGCUGUUCAAGGAGCCGCCCAUGGCCCAGAAAAAGGAGGUGUACGACUGGUACCCUCAACACAAGAUCUACUAUGCCCUUACGCAGAAGCUACGAUACAUGGGACUCUUCAGAGAUGAACACGAGGACUUCAAGGAGGAGAUGCGUCGGCUGAGGAAACUGAGAGGCAAGGGGAAACCCAAGAAGGGUGAGGGAAAGAGAGCCACCAAGAAGAAAUGAGCUCUUCCUUUCCCUGUCAUAUAGGACCUGUGGAUAAACCCAGCCUUGCCCUGUCAUAUAGGACCUGUGGAUAAACCCAUCCUUGCCCUGUCAUAUAGGACCUGUGGAUAAACCCAGCCUUGCCCUGUCAUAUAGGACCUGUGGAUAAACCCAGCCUUGCCCUGUCAUAUAGGACCUGUGGAUAAACCCAUCCUUGCCCUGUCAUAUAGGACCUGUGGAUAAACCCAGCCUUGCCCUGUCAUAUAGGACCUAUGGGGGAAUCACAACAGUCCUCGUUUGCUUUGGGACACCAGAGGAAUGGCCUCCCUAACUGUGUUCACAACGGUAACAUGUGACCCCCACUCAGGAUGUUCAUAAUGAAUGGAUCCUUGGAACAGCUAAUGAUGUGUGUUGAGAGGAUCCUUUCAUGACCCCAUCACAGGAGAUCCUGUCUGACAAGUGACCAGUCUUUGACCGCUGUGUGUGUGGUACAUAAAGCCUUUCUGUUCAUUGCUUGACGAGACGUUUCACUUGUGUCCACGUUGUUAUCAGCUUUCUGUUCUCAUAGUCUCUGUACAGUGAACGGGUGAAGGAGAUCUGGAGGGCAUCAGUACAUAGAACUGUGAUGCUGGUAUGUUCCUAUUGACUGAGACAUAGCUGGUGUUUUACAUCUGUUCUCAUAGUCUCUGUACAGUGAACGGGUGAAGGAGAUCUGGAGGGCAUCAGUACAUAGAACUGUGAUGCUGGUACGUUCCUAUUGACUGAGACAUAGCUGGUGUUUUACAUCUGUUCUGAGUAACACCAGGUGUCAUGAAUAAAAUCCUGAAAACAAAUCUGCUGAAA